AUGGAUAAAAUUUGUCGCUCUCAGUUGCCGGAUUCUUCCUCAUCACCACCAUUGAGUGGCAUCGGAUUCCACAGCUUCGACGAUGAGCUGAUGGCAGAUCUGCCAUCGUGCGUAUAUGCACAGCAUCAUCAGCUAAACGCGGCACCCGGAAACGGAGGUGGUGGUGGUGCAGGCGGCAGUAGCAACAGUGUCGGACACGGUAGCCACACCAACAAUGCACCCAACUUGAGAUUGAACCCCAACAGCAUACGGCAGAUGCAGCAUCAGUAUUUGCAUCACACAGAAUGUCUGGACUCGUCGACACCGCCCAGUCCAUCCCUGUCGACGACGAUGGGGAACCACCCGUACAAUCCGCCACCGUACAAAAUGCAGCGUCAGCAGUCAAAUGUUCGCGAGCGCAAGCGAAUGAUGCGUUCCGCACCGAAUGGCAGCAUUAAUUCGGCGUUUGACGAGCUCCGUGUUCACGUGCCAACGUUUCCGUACGAGAAACGGCUCAGCAAGAUCGAUACGCUACGGCUAGCGAUCGCUUACAUCGCGUUACUGCGUGAGGUCCUCGAGGCGGACUACGAUCCAUUGACGUACGUGGAGAAGUGUCUCCGGGGGGAAAUUAAAGCCGAUCGGGCACACUGGAACACGAGUGAUUUAACCGCACGACUGUCGUGGAUUAACUGGGAAAAUCUGGGCGUUCAUCCGGGCAGACGUACCAUCCUUACAUCGCUGGCGCUUGGCUCAUCGGAAAGUCUUGCCUGUGGACCACCGCCACAUUUGAUCUAGAUGGUUGCUGUUGCUGUCGCCCAGCAGCUCCUUUGAUGUCUUCCGUUUCGUUUCUUAAUCUAGUGGAGUACUGAGAGUACAUGUGGACAAACCGUUUUAUUGUCCCUACGGACUUCACGUCGCUAUUUAUUCGCAUUAGCUCGCGCUUACUCAUCCCUUCGAAUGUAUUCUCUAGUUCUUUAUCGUGGCAUAAGAUCGUCCACUAGGGACACUUGGCAUAUUUCAGCUGAAAAUAA